CUUCAUACGUGAAAGAAAACUACAUUAUCCCUCCCUACGGCGCGUACUCGGUGAACCUCUGCGCGCACAUUCUGGCGGGCGCAGAGCAGGAGGUCCGCAUGGAUAUCACGGCUCAGGCACUGAUUUCGUGGAUGCAGCUACAUUUUCUCACUGUUCGUAUAACAAAUGAAUAGAUGAAAGCGCGCACGCAGUGGACUUAAAGAGAUCGUUCUGCAUUACCCACGUGUUAGGCUACUCUUGUUUGUAGAGCAAACUGUGUUCUUACAGUUGAUAGUGCCAAUGUGCAUUGACAGGAUUUGGAUGCUAGUGUAACUGAAAUUUGUUACAUAUCAUUGGCAGAAUCUGAAGUGUUUGCCUUUUUUUGGGAGAAUGCAUUUUCCCAGCCACUACUGACAAGUGUCCACUUUGCCCCAUGAGUAUCUUGUGGACGAAUUCGUUUGUAUUAUGAUGCGGGUUUACGGAGGCGGGGGAAGUGGCUUUGCUGUUGCAGUUGUGGAAGACCACGAGAUAAAGCAGUGAAAAGCGGGAGAAAUCUCCGGAAAACUUCAUACAGUUACAGGCAGUUCCUGCAGUGAGUCAGUAGUAUGGAGCCAGGCAGCGGGCCUGCUGCGGCUGGUGCUGCGUCUGCUGCUGCUGCUGCUGCCGUAGCUGCGGGGUCUGCUGCUCCUGCUGCGUCCGCGUCGGAGGACAGUGCAGCUCUGGGGCUCCUGCUGCUCGGAGCCACCGGGAGCCAUGACGCCCUUGACAGGAGUCUGAGGUCCUGCCUGCUCCUGGAGGAGGACGACGUGGUGCCCGAGCUGCCCCGGAGCAUCCACCCUCGUGAGCGUCCCGACUGGGAGGAGACCAUCAGCGCCAUGGCAAGGAGCGCGGAGAUUCCGGAGCUGACCGCCGACCCCCCGCUCCGAUCCUGCGGCAGCACCGCCAGCAUGAAGGUCAAGAAUGUCAAAAAGCUGUCCUUCACGAAGGGCCAUUUCCCCAAACUGGCCGAGUGCGCCCACUUCCACUACGAAAACGUCGACUUUGGAACCGUACAGUUGGCUCUAGCAGAGGAACAGAAUGAAGUGUCAAGGAAUGGCCAGGAGUUGAAAGAGCUGGUGUACCUGGUCCAGAUCUGCUGUCAGGGCCGAAGCUGGAUCGUAAGGCGCAGCUAUGAGGACUUCCGCGUCCUGGACAAGCACCUCCACCUGUGCAUCUACGACCGGCGCUUCUCCCAGCUCGACGAGCUGCCUCGAUUCGACAGCCUGAAGGAGGAACCCGAGGCAGUGUCCCAGAUGCUGAUGGCCUACCUUUCCCGCCUCUCAGCCAUCGCUGACAACAAGAUAAACUGCGGCCCUGUGCUCACAUGGAUGGAGAUUGAUAACAAGGGGAACCACCUGCUGGUUCACGAGGAGUCGUCCAUCAACGUGCCUGCCAUCGCCGCCGCCCAUGUGAUCAAGCGCUACAUCGCCCAGGCUUCUGACGAGCUGUCCUUCGAGGUGGGGGACAUCGUCUCUGUCAUCGACAUGCCUCCUAAAGAGGACACCACGUGGUGGCGGGGAAAGCAUGGUUUUCAGGUCGGCUUCUUUCCUAGCGAGUGCGUGGAGUUGAUUAACGACAAGGUCCCGCAGUCCGUCACCAACUGCGUGCCGAAGCCAGCCUCCCCCAGCCCUGGACUGCGGCCCACCUCCUGGAACUUCUUCCCACCCUAUUUGGAGAUGGACAGUGUAAAGCAGGAUAAUGCAUGGGCUCCCAGCCCCCUGAACCGCUACAGACUGAGUUCAGUGUCUAAAAAGCACGGGAAGCUGAUCACGUUCCUGCGCACCUUCAUGAAGUCGCGACCGUCCAAGCAGAAGCUGAAGCAGCGGGGCAUCCUCAGGGAGCGGGUGUUUGGCUGUGACCUGGGCGAGCACCUCCUCAACUCGGGCCACGAUGUCCCCCAGGUCCUCAGGAGCUGCACUGAGUUCAUCGAGAAGCACGGGGUGGUGGAUGGAAUAUACCGCCUGUCAGGAAUCGCCUCCAACAUCCAGAAGCUGCGGCACGAGUUCGACUCAGAGCAGAUUCCCGAUCUGACCAAGGACGUGUACAUCCAGGACAUCCACUGCGUGGGGUCGCUGUGCAAGCUGUACUUCCGCGAGCUGCCCAACCCGCUGCUCACUUACCAGCUCUACGAGAAGUUCUCCGAGGCGGUGUCCGCUGCCACCGACGAGGAGAGGCUCGUCAAAAUCCAUGAUGUCAUCCAGCAGCUGCCUCCGCCGCAUUACAGGACUCUUGAGUUUCUCAUGAGGCACCUGUCCCAUCUGGCGACCUUCAGCUACGUCACCAACAUGCACAGCAAAAACCUGGCGAUCGUCUGGGCCCCCAACCUUCUCAGGUCCAGGCAGAUCGAGUCGGCCUGUUUCAGCGGCACGGCGGCCUUCAUGGAGGUGCGCAUCCAGUCGGUGGUGGUGGAGUUCAUCCUCAACCACGUGGACGUGCUCUUCAGCCCCAAGCUCAGCCUGCUGAUCCGGGAGGGGACAGGUCACGGCUCGCUGUCUCGACCCAAAUCCCUUCUGGUGUCCUCCCCCUCCACCAAGCUGCUGAGCCUGGAGGAGGCCCAGGCUCGGACCCAGGCCCAGAUCAACUCCCCCGUCACCGCCGACAGCAAGUACAUCGAGGUGGGGGAGGGGCCGGCCGCCCUCCAGGGCAAGUUCCACACCAUCAUCGAGUUCCCUACUGAGAGAAAGCGCCCCCCCAGUAAGACGAAGAAAUCCCCGGUGGGCAGCUGGCGCUCCUUCUUCAGUCUGGGCAAGUCUUCCUCCAUGGCCAAACGCAAGCUGCAGCACAGCCCCACAGAACACAACGAUCUGAAGAGCAUGGCGCUUGCUGGAGGCAGGGGGGGAGAUUCGGGGACACUACGAUCUGCCAAGAGUGAGGAAUCCCUCAGCUCUUUACACAAUGUGGAAGGCGAGGUGAAGAUGCCCCGCCCCCGCCGGCCGCGCUCCAGCAGCGACGCCCUCUCCGCCUCCUUCAACGGGGAGCUGCUGGACGGGCGGCAGCUGUGCAGCUCGUGCGACGCCCUGCCGCGCGCGGACAGCGACGGCGACGAGGGCCCGCUGCGGGUGCCCGCCCUCAUCUCGCCCCCCUGCUCGGCCGAGGACGUGGACCUCAGCCCCCCCGACAUGGGCAUGGCCUCGCUGGACUUCGACCCCAUGUCCUUCCAGUGCAGCCUGCCGCCCUGCGAGCCCGAGGCCGGGGGGGAGGGGGCGGCGGCCAGCCCCCGCCGGAGCGGCUCGGAGACGCCCCCCCGCGGCCCCGCCCUCUCCCCCGAACCCAGCCCCGCCCCGCGGCGCCCCUCCCCCGACGCCGUCGCCGAGGGAACGCCGCCGGCCCCCUCCCCUGACACGCGCCGGGGUACCCCCGAGUCCCCGCCCCCGAGCGUGCCGGAGCCCGUUUUGGAGAAAGAGGUCCCUGCGGACUCGCCCCACCCUGCCCCGCUCUCCCCCGUCGCCCGUGCCGUCUCUGACCCGCUGCCGAGUGGGGCGUCUGAGCAUGUCUGUGCUGUUGCCAUGGAGAUGAGCGCAACGUCCGUCUCUGACAUCACUGAACCCGCCCCCAACCAUCCAGGAGCCGUAGCUGUGGAGACCCGGCGAGAGGGCCCCCCCGUCAGCGCCGCGUCCCUGCUCCCGCCUCCCCCCCCUCCGAAGAAGGCCGCCCGCAUGCUGGCCCUGGCCCUGGCGGAGUCCGCCCAGCACGCCACGGAGCUGUCUCAGAGACGGGCAUCGGGCCCGCCCACUCCCUCCUCCCCGCUGCCCCCGCAGAGCCCGCCGGACCGGCCCCCCCAGCCCCAGACCGCCCCCUCCACCGCCCCGUCUCCGCCGGCAACCACCCCCGCCCCCGCCGAUGGCCAGGAGACAGCGGGCGGGCCGUCGCCCGACGGGAGCGACUGCGCCAAGUCACCGGCCGCGCCGAGCGCCAACGCCGAUGCCAACGUCGCCGCCAGCCGGGGCAACGAUAGCAGCCUCUGCAGCGCUGCCCUCCGCUCGGCACACGCCAGCCAGCACACCAGCCCCCCCACACAACAUGCCAGCCCGCCCGCACAACAGCCAGCCCCCACACAACAUGCCAGCCCGCCCCACAACAUGCCACCCCCCGCACAGCAUGCCAGCCCCCCCGCACAAAUAUCACCCCCCCGCGGGAGCCCUGAGAGAUCACAGCUGCCCGUUAGCCUCCCCUCACCUGUCAAUCAUGCCAGGGAGGGCGGGGCUACACCACAGCAGCAUCCAGAGACGCAGGCCAGCGGCGGUGCCCCGUCUCCAACCGCGCCCAAACCCGCCGAGACGCCGGUCACCGCGGAAACCGCCCAGCCCCGCGCGGCCCCCGUUGCGCCCGCGCCCCUCCGCCCGGCCGAGAAGCCACGGGAGGCUCCGCCCCGCCCCGAGCCCGUGGCCCCGCCCCCCGCCUACAGCGCCACGCCCCCCGCCCCGCCCGCGCGGUCGGCGGAGAGCAGGCUGGCGGCCGCCGCGUUCUCCGGCGCGGAAGCCGCCAACGCCUCCAACUUCCACGCCAUCCUGGCGGAGGCGGCGGUGCCGGCCUCGGUGGCGGAGCUCCUCCCACAGCCGGCCCCGCCCCCGCGGAAGUCCUCCGCCCACCAGCCGGCCUACCUGUACUACCCUAAGGCCGAGGGGCCGGCGGAGCCCCCGCCUCCGGAGGCCUACUACCACCCGCGGGCCGUCCCGGCGGGGCCGCCCUACCACUACCGGCCGGAGAGCGUGCCCCCGCACGUGUCCUGGGCCUCCAAAUCCGAGCCGCAGGUGCUGUACGCCCCCUGCGCCGACGGGCGCUACGCUACCCUGGGGCCCAGGUCCUUCCACCAGUCCUUCAAGUCCCAGGGCCCUCCCAGGGGGGAGUACCCCCCCGGCAGGCACCCCAGGCCGGGGUACGGCGUCCCGGACGGGGGCCUGGCGUACCCCGCCAUCCGCAGGGUCCAGUCCCUCCACGCCGCGCCCAGCGGCCCCCGCACGCCGCCCCUCCCCCUCCCGGAGGACGAGCCGCCGUACUACCAGCGCCCGGCCUACCACUACAAGGCGGUCUACCGGCCCGCGCCGCCGCCGCCGCCGUCGCCUCAGGGGGACUACCACGUGACCCAGCUGCAGCCAUAUUUCGAGAACGGGCGCGUGCAGUACCGGUACAGCCCCUACUCCGGGGCCCUCCCGCCGGACGGGGCCUGCUACGAGUCGGAGGCGUACGGCACCGUCCGGCUACGCCACGGACACCCCGCCUCCGCCCGCGGCCCGCACCAUCCGCCGUUCCCGCCGCACCCGGCCCGGGCGGGGGGCAAGGCCCCGGGGUACCUGUACCUGUCCCGCCACGCGCUGCCCCUGGGCAAGGAGCACAGCUUCGUCAGCCGGGACAUGCCCCCGUCGGGCGGGGCCAGGGGCGGGGCCUACCCGGCCUGGGACCCCCAGGAGUCAGAGAGGCUCUACAUGCACUCCCUGCGGCGGGAGAGCCGGGCCAGGCAGAAGGUCAAGGGUCACGGGCCGCCCCCGUACGACAACGUGCCUAUCCUGGAGGCGGGGCUCCCCGAAAUCCGCCACCUGCGCAGCAAGUCGGACCCUGGGAAGGCCGUGCUGAUGGCCGCGGUCCACCACCACCACCCCCGGCACCCCCCUUUGGACCCGGACGCGCCGGUCUACGCGGAUCAGGACAGGCGCUACCAUGGCAACGGUCUGGCCCACCACAGCGGCUCACGGAGCUCCCAGCAUGCACAGCACCAGGACCCCAGCCUGAAGGGCGAGCUGACGGACCACAGGCAGGGGGGCCGGCACCGGCAGGAGCCCCCCGAGUCCAGGGGCCACCCCCCGCUCUACGAGUACCCCGACUCGGACCGGCACACGGGCAGGGUGAAGGACGACCCCCAGGUCCCCCUGAAAGCAGCCGCAGCCCCCAAAUCUGAGCGAUCGCAGUGUGCGAGGGAGCGACACCACUACCACCACCAGCCACCAGAGGGCGCCGAGUGGGACCCCCGGGUAAACCACGCCCCCCAGCCCCACGGGAAGCGGGCUGCGUCUCAUUACGACAACCUGGACGACUAUCACCCCGCCCCUCAGCAACCCGUCCCCCACAGCCGAGGAGGGGCGGGGCACUUUCCCGGCAGCGGGUUCACGCCCUCUCACGGUAACAGGACCUUCUCCACGGCCCUUGGACAGGGGGCCUUCCUGCCAGCAGAGCUGCCCCUCCAGAGGCCCGAGACAGAGGUGCGUGCCGAGUGACGGGCUCGAGCGGAUGUCCCCAAAUAAAAAACAAAAAAAACAAUCCAAUUCAGCAGCCUCUGCGGGACGGUGGACUGCCUCCUGAAUGCAUUUUAUUUUUACCUCCCUGUUUUUUUUAAUGAAACCGUCAACAAAAAAAGAAAAAAAAAAACUUUUUAACUGAAGUGAAUGUACCGUAACCUUGAAUAUUACACACAUGUGACUUAGCCAAAGGCAGGGGUGAUCAGAAGUACAUUUACUGCUAAAUAUCAAACAAAGAAGCAAAAUCUCUCUCUCUAGUACAUACACACACAUAGAUUAUAUAUAUAUAUAAACUACUGGCAAAAGGGGGAUUUACAUUUAAAGUUAUAGUUGUAUUUUAUUUGGAAGGAAUGAGGGAGUGUUGGGGGUUUAUAGGAGGCAAAUGCUUGCAUUUUAGAAAUGCAUGUCCAGUUAGAGAACAGUUCUCUGUGCUGUCGGGUGUCUGGGGGGUUGGGGGGAGCGGGGGAGCUCAGUGUAUGCACAGACUUAAGCUUUUCCCAUUUGGGCUGUCUCUCAGAGCGGUGUGAGCGGUUCGUCUUAAAGACGGAAUAUUCAGGUGUGACUUCAUUUUCUUCUUCAGUUUCUCAGCCAUAACGCGCACUUUUUGCACCUAGAUUUAUCCGUACGCCCACCUGCACGCUUGAAACGCUCCUUUGUUUUCUGUGUCGUGCUGGGGAAUGUCGAAUUUGAAGUUUGAGUGCCUUUGGUAAAGUUUGUGCUUCCGUCACACGUGAAAGCAGCACCGAAAGACAGGAACUGUCCUCAUCGCCAACACUGUCCCCUUUUUGGAAUCAUAUGAAGGGAUGACACAUUACAUGUAGCAUCUUUUCAUUCCACUGUCAGUGCCACUGAACUAAUUAACAAUGUCAAUCGAGUGCUUUUGCCCAUAGUAGUGACAUUUAAUGCUUGAGAGUUCAGUUUUCACUACACUGACAUAAAGAAGCAUGUAUACUAGACUGCACUGCUUAUCAAAAAAUAGAUAUUCGAGAUUUUAGCUGCAAUUACAUUUUAAAUUGAAAAAAAAUCUUGAUUUGGUAUUCAGGCUUCAUAAUGUUUAGUAUUAGAAAUGUCACUGCUUCUGAAUUCCAGUGUCAUCAUCUACCAUUUCUGUUCAUUUAAAUAGUCUGCACCCUCCCAUUUCUCUAAUACAGUACUGUACGAAGAAGACAAGCCAUUAAGGUUCCCUGGCUGACAGGCCAGAAAGUCAGGUUUUGAAAUCAAAGUUUUCUUUUUUAAAAUAGUCUGUUACCCUGGGGUUAAGAAAUACUCCUGUAAACCUGGUCUUUUGAUGGCUGAAAGUAAAAAGAGACCAACUUUAAAAAAUAAUAAUAAUUGGGUUAUGGAACUGGAAGGCGAAUUGGCAGGUACUCAAUUAUUUAGCAUUACAUGAAUUAAAUGAUCAAUUCUUACUUUGAUUAUACUGCAUAACUUCUCUGAUUUUUCCAGUUUGUACUGCUGUGCAUAUCUAUGCCUUUUUGAGUGAAGGUGUGUGGGAAUUUAGCACUUGGUGGCGUUGCCGUUCUCACAAAAAAAUAUUAUUUUUUAAAUCACACUUUUAAAAAUGCAUUCCUCACUACGCACAGCCCCCAUUCACUCCUGUGACCCGGUAGGUUCAGAUGCUCAAUGUGGCCAUGCUGGGGAAUGGUACAUUUACCCUGUUUUACAAAUGAUUCACUCUUUUAUGGAGCCAACUGAGUUUGUUCCCCCAACCCAUAAAAGGUUCUGAAUGUGAGAAAUAAUUCCUGCGUAUGUGUGCCAAAAAAAUCUCAUCUCAAAAACAGAAGAGUAUAAAAUUUUUCUGUGGUACGUUGUACGUUUAAAGUUUUCAUUCAUGUUUUAUUUAUGUUGUUGGAAGUAAACUGGAUGUUCUCUUAAUAAUAUUUUCAGACGUGUCUUCAGUUUCAGUGUGCUUCUUGCAAAUGAAACAGCACUUUUGGGCUGUUUGGACUGCCUUUUCCAUAUGUUGGCGUGCGAAUGUAAUUCAUUUCAGAGUGGAGAGGUUCUCAAGUAUGUCAAUAUUCUGUGCUAUGUAUGAGUCAUGGUUUUGUGAGGAAAGGCAUCUUAAAGUGGAAAUAAAAUUAUUUACAUGAAAUGUACCAGAUUUAAUUACAGUAUUUUUAUAAUCUAUACAACUGUUUUAAUUAUAGUCAUAUUGAUUAACUAUAUUGACAGCAAAACAUGCAUUUCUUUAAGACAGUAGUACAUAGAGGUGAAUACGAUUCUGAAAUAAUCAGAAAUGUAUUUAUAAUUGUUGAUUCGUUAUCAAUUUGAUUUUUUUCACACAGGGGCGUAAAUCAUAAAUUAAGACCCUGGAUUAUGCAGUUUUGUUGAACCGUAGUAUAUAAGGUAUUAGUACACCAUUCAUGCUUUCAAAAUGCUAAUAUCCCAACUAAUUGCCAAACGGUAGUAUUUUGAUAAAAUGCGCAAAUGCUUUCAUUUGACCUCACCGAAAAGGUUGUGGUGUUCUUGGUAUGGCUGUUAAACUAGCUGGUGUGUACGCAGCAGCGCUACAACCACACACAACACUGCUCCAGGUGUGGCACGGGUAAUGUUGGGGUGUUGCCACCGUUGAUUCAAUGGUACGCUAAGACUUUGGAAGUAAUCUCUGUCGUUUGGAAGCUCCAAAAGAAACGCUGCGGGCUGAGGAGAAAGUGGUACACAGCGCUGACCGGGGUCAGUUACGGUAGAGAUGCCGAUGUGGAAAGCUGCCUUUGUUUGAAGCGCUAAAUUGACACGGUGAGCGCUCUGUUGCUCUUAUUUCCCGUCUGGUUGAAGGAAGAGCACUGCAUCGUGUAGCAGGGAGGGAAAUUUCAGGACUUUCACACCCCCGGAGGUAUAUAUACGUAAUGCUGACUGGUACCGGUUAUACUUUUUAAAAUAAAUAUAUUAAAAAGGUGUGUUUUUUUAUGACUAUUUUUAAAAUGGGACUGUGCAUUACCCAGACGGUGAACUGUGUAUGCAACCAGUGCAGUUAGGAAGUACUGAUAAUGGUAUUCUCUAGAACAGUGGUGUCCUUUUGUACAUUACCUGUUUAUGUGUAUAUAUGUAUAUAUACGUAUGUGUACAGUAUGUCAUACAUGCAGACUGGAUAUAAUAUUAAACAAUGUGAGUCAAAGUA